ACCAACAACAAAAUAUAUAUAAAAUAAGUGUAUAAAAAAAAUGAGCUCUAUGAUCUACACCCUCUAUGGGUUCGCAAUAUUUUUCAUGGUCUUCUGGUUGGGAAUGUGGUGCGUCCAUAUACUGGCGUUGAUAACCGCCCGGUGCAAACUCCACCGUAAGCCGACCGCGGUCCAGCUGCCCUCGAGCUACGAGGUCCCGUUGAUGGGAGUGUCGAUAAUAAAACCGCUGAUGGGAGUCGACUCUAACCUCUACAACAACCUGGAGACGUUUUUCACCUUGGACUACCCGAUCUACGAGCUGCUGUUCUGCGUCGAGGACAAGCAGGACCCGGUCCUGGUCCUCAUUCGCAAAUUAAUAGACAAGUAUCCCCAGAUCGAGACGCGUUUGUUCAUUGGGGGAUGUAGGGUCGGAGUAAACCCAAAGAUAAAUAACAUGUACCCGGCUUACGAGGCUGCCAAGUAUGAGCUGAUACUGAUAAGCGACAGCGGGAUCAGGAUGAAGGAGGACACGCUACUGGACAUGGUCAGAUACAUGAGCGACAACGUGGCUCUGGUCCACCAGCUGCCGUUCACUUACGAGCAGCGCGAGGGAUUCGCUGCUGCUUAUGAGAAAAUUUACUUCGGGACUGUCCAGUCGCGCAUGUACUUGGCCGCGGAUUUGCUCAACAUAAACUGUCACACUGGGAUGUCUGCGCUGAUAAGGAAGUCGCCUUUGGACGAGGUCGGGGGACUCAAGACCUUCGGAGUCUACUUGGCGGAGGAUUUUUUCUACGCAAAGUCCCUGGUGGACCGCGGGUGGAAGAUCACCGUCUGCUCGCAGCCUGCGAUGCAGAACAGCGGGCAGUGCGAGUUGAAUUUGUUCCAAGCGAGACUGCGGAGGUGGGCGAAGCUCAGGGUCGCGAUGCUGCCCACGACUAUUAUUCUUGAACCCUUGAGUGAGUGCUUUAUUUUAGGGGCAUGUGCGUCUUGGGCCGCGGCUGUACUCUUCGAGUGGGACUCACUGGUUUUUUAUCUUAUUCACAUUUUGAUGUGGUUCAUGUUGGACUGGACGUUGUUGUGUAUCGUGCAGAAUAGUCCGUUGCCACUUAACAAAUUGGAGUUUUUGUUCGGGUGGUUCCUCAAUGAGACCAUAAGACCCUACUUGUUCAUACAGGCGGUCUUGGACCCGCUUAUUCAGUGGAGGUCGAGGGUCUACAAGCUAAAAUGGGGAGGAUUGGCUGAAGAAGUCAAGGCUAAGUGGCAAUGCAGCAGACUAGAAUUUUUUUUUUGCAUGAAAACUUUUGGAUUAUAAAUAAAAAAAUUCAGGAGAUGAAAGUGCGCAUUUUUCAUUUUGACGUCUGCUGCAUUCAUGGUUUUUUUUUUUUUUUUUUU